AUGAUCUGGAAGAGUAUCAUUCUGUUGAGCCUAUUGAGCUCACUGCCGUUCGCGGCUUCUUCUCCAAAGAAGCACCCACAGGAUGUGACUACAAGCCUUGACCCGUCACUGCCUUCUCCAAUUGAAGCCAAUGCGUCGGCUUCAGCGCCGCCACUUCGUGGUCACAAUAGCUCCAGGCCACACACACCCUUCACUGGGACUCCGACUACCACAGGUGCGCUGACAGCUUCUUCAAUCGGAACGGGCAUCCCUCGCGGAGGCGUUGCAGCUGGAGCGACAACCUAUCCCGGUGAUGGAAAGCUUCACCAUGCCGAGCCUGCUCCAUACGUCCCGGCAGGUGGUGUCGGGACCAACGGAAGCACGCCCGUGUACAACACGAAGAGCGAUUUCGACUACGAGUCUUUGGCCCUUGCUCUAUAUCAAGAAUGGAUUGAACUUGAUCUGUUCCAAGAUGGACUCCAGCGUUUCAACGAGUCGGCCUUCCGAGCUGCCGGUUUGACUGCUGCAGACCGCGAGUUGAUCGCAUUCAUGGCACAGCAAGAGAUAGGCCACGCCACUAUGCUCAGCAACAUCCUCGGAGACCGUGCCCCACAGCAGUGCAGCUAUAUCUACCCCUACACCAACGUCAAGGAGUUUGUCGACUUCUGUCAGAAACUCACUCGCUGGGGGGAAUCUGGCGUGUAUGGGUUUUUAGCUCAUCUUGACUCCCGAGAGGCAGCGACUCUUUUGGUUCAAUCCGUUACCACGGAAGCACGACAGCAAAUGAUCUUCCGCCAGUUCGAAGGUCUCUUCCCGAUGGUUGAGUGGUUUGAAGCUGGCAUACCGCAGUCCUGGGCUUGGACACUGCUAGCACCUUUCAUCAGCUCUUGUCCUGAAAAUCAGACUCGAUUGAUUUGGCAGAAUUUCCCAUCGUUGAUGGUAAUCAAUGAACCCGAUCCGUGGAUUUUGGGAACUGUUUCUGGCAACUUGUCCUCGAGCAAUAACCGGACUUCUGAGUACAAUUUUACUACGAGUGCUGAUCGGAUUUCAAGGCUCCACCAGACUUCCGGGUUCAAUCAGACCUCAGGAUUCAUGUUCAAUCAGACCACUGGAAACAAUAAUACCGUCGGAUCAGGCGUCAGUAUCCCCAAGUCGCCAAAAGGCUCCGGAAGAUUCAAUUCGUCUGUUUCGGGUAUCGUUCCCCCAGUUCCUGUCAGCAAAACCCGCCCAGUACCUCUCACGGCGCCGGGUCGCCAGGUGCUGUUGCAGUGGGAUCUUCCUGGGAAGAAAAUUGGUCCCAACAGCAGCUACAUCACUACAACAGAGACGAAAGCUGGUAGCGCAAAGUUUGUCAUUUGGGUGUCGCAGAUAAACAUUACCUACACCCCUCUGCAUGUUGUCAAUGGUACCAACAACGGUACCAACACUACUAACAGUACUACUGAUGGUAUUCGAGGAUAUACCACCCAGCCCGGCUUGGAAACGUACCAGGGUGACCCAGCUUUCAACGGUACCAUUUUCAUUGCUAUCACAGACAGUGAUCUGUAUGUGAGCCCGUUCAAUCUCAGCUUGAUUGACCCGCAUGUGGUUGCCGGUCCAGCUAUGUACCAGGCUGGUUGA